GAUUAUGGAGCUGCGGCACCGUAGAAGAACACCACUUCCCACAAUGCUUUGCGGCCCAUGUUCGCGUAAGAGGUGCGACGAAAGUCUGUUGUUAAACAAACCAUACACGGAUGCUUUAACAUCAUUUAACCAUGGAGGAUGCGCAGCUCAAGGAAGACUGUGCCCCAACCCAGUCAAGACCUGCACCUUCCUCUCAUUCAAAGAGGCCGAGUCAGCCUCUGUACGUCCCCAAACAACGACUUCAUGUCUCAAAAGAGAAAGCUCAGACUCAGGGAGAAGUUAAGCCAAGAACCAGGCCUCGCUACCAGGACAAAGCACGGAAGAACGCCAAGAACAAGAAGGAUAAAGCUGGAGAAGGAGGAGAUGGAGUUGAGACACAGAGCAACGAUGUUAAGCCUCAUGUGAAGGAGGACCGAUUACAGGGUGUAGAGGUGGAGGUUAAUGGGCAGUCUUCAACUAAUGUGGAGGGAGGGGAUACUGCACAGCAGGAAGAAAAAGCCCCCCAGGAAGAAAAGGGGGAAGAGGAGAGUUGGGACACCUUGUUCAAUGAUGAUGGAGACUGUUUGGAUCCACAUCUGUUUGAAGAGCUGGCUGUGAGGGAAGGUAAAAAGGAGUCAAUCCAGGAGCCCAGGUUUGAUUACUACAACAUGGACAGAGGCGAUGAUGAUGAUGAUGAUGACAUUGACCUCACAGAGGAUGAACUUUCUCACAUUGUAGAGAUCUACGAUUUCCCUACAGAGUUCAAAACAGAAGACCUUCUCAAGCUAUUUCAGUGCUACCAAAAGAGAGGAUUUGACAUUAAAUGGAUUGAUGACACGCACGCCCUGGGCCUUUUCUCAAGUCCCAUAGCAGCCCGUGAAGCUCUGAGAUCCAAGAAUCCACUGAUGAAGUUGCGACCACUGUCCAAAUCCUCCCCUGCCACAAAGGCCAAAGCCCGUAGCUGCUCAGACUACCUCCUGCCUGCUAAAGAGAGACCUCAGACGAGUGCAGCACUAGCUCGGAAGCUUGUGAUUGGUGCCCUUGGCGUAAAGAGCAACCUGACGAAGGAGCAGCGUGAAGCUGAGAGGAAGAAACUCCAGGAAGCAAGAGAACAAAAGCGCCUGGCAGCCAAGCAGAGGGACGAUGCUUGGGAGGGAAAGUAAAAGGAUAAACAUCUUUUUUUCUUUUUUUUAAAUUCCUUGAUUCAGCAGAGGUUUAAAUCCUUUCUGUUUCUUGUAAUGCUCUGGUUUUCUCAGCUGGCCACUCCUUUGUACAAACACAUUUCCCAGAAAUGAAUGAAAUGAAUUCACGCUUUUAUUUUUUUUAAAAACUUUUUUCUGUCACAGUCCUUUAUUGCUUACUUUGUCAUUCAGUGUCUGACAUCUUGGAGUGUUACAUCUGAUGAGAAAAUCCUAAUUCUGUUCUCUCACCUUUACCUUCAUACUCCAUGAACUGACUAUGUUACCUGGACUCUCGAUGUUGUAAGCACAGUCUGUAGUGAACCACUGAAGCUAAUGAUUUUCAGCGUGUAACACAUCAGCUGAAAGACUUUGCUGUACAGAGCCGCAGCCUCAUGUUUGGAUUUUUAAAAGUUUUAAGAUAUAAAAAUGUGAUGCUUUUAGUUUUCAUUUUAAUGUAUCAUUAUAUUGUUGAUUUUAUUCAGUUUGAGUGGUUAAAUUGAAAGUUGUGUCAUUAAAAAUGAAUGCUGCAUUCUUUGCAGUUUAAGCCUAAGCUCUGUUAAACAAUGAACUUGCUUGUAAGCCAUCGUGUCAGGUGUUUUGCAGGGAUUGAAUCGAUACCCAGUAUCUUGCAUAAUGUUUGGCUCAAAGCAGCUGCUGUUGUGUAUGUCUAGUUUUAAAAAGCUUCAGCUCCUUUGGCGAUCCAUUUCUGCUGUUUGUUGAAAAAAAAAAAAAAAGACUUUUAAAAGGUAAUAACUAAAGAAAGACAGUAUUUAUUCCAACUGUCAUCUGCAGGGUUUCUCAAGAGCCAGCUUUCAUAAUUCAGCUUCCUCAGACACAUAUCUCAGGCUCAAGAGGCUUUUCUGACAGCUGCAGGCAGACGCCUCUUCUGAGGCUUCACCCAGCAGACCACAGACCAUGUGGCACUGCGGCUCGUUCAGUUCCUCGGUGAAUAAUUACACCACUCUCAGCCAGUAUGGAGAAGGAGUUGCAGACUUGUUCUUUGAGAACUAAAAUUUGCUGCUAACCUUUAGUUUCUGUAGCCCUUUUAGCCAGUGGAAAUGUUAACAAACUAAUGCAACAGAUUGCUGUGUACCUAAAAGUUUAAAAGGAUGAUUUUCAGUCCCCCCCUUUUAAAUGUCCAGAUCAGUCCCGUGCUGUGCCUGUUUUGUGACUGUUCAGCUCACUGGCUGUGGAUGAAUGAGACACUGCCACGUGGCUCACAGUGGACUAAUUAAAGCGCUGCAGCAUCAGAAAAAGUAUCAUUACAGUUUAUUUUGUUUUCAUACCAGUUCUGAAAAUGCUGUCAAAUUCAUAUUGAUGGAGAGAUUUCUUUUCCCCCAAAGAGGUUUUUGUAUGGAAGGUUUGAGGAUUCAGCAUUUUAAGGGAUUUACUUUUACAUUGUAUUUGUUGGUAACAGUGUUUACAAUAUGUUAUUUUAAAAGUUGAUACAAAAAUUGAUCCUAAAGCAUGUGAUAUUUUUCUGUAUCAUCAUGGAUACCGAGGCAGCACAAAAAGACUAAGAGGACUAUAAAAAUUUUGCUUUUACUUAAUGGGCAGCUCAUUAGUAUCACAGAGCUUAUGUAGUAAGUGUUUCCACUCACCCACAAUUUGAUAACCAUGCAUCUGUAGAGAUUCUUUGGCUCAAGGGUGCCCUCUUCUAUUGGUAGUAGAUUAAUGCCACUUGCAGUGUUGAAACCAGAGACUGUCUAAUUGCUGCCAGUUCAUGAAACAUGUGCUUGAGAUGUGUUGCUAAGUACAGCAUUGCGUACAAAUAUUAUGUAUUAAAAGCCAUAUGUCCAUCAUAUGAACAUAAGAGCAUUAAAUUAUGGAAAUGUUAAUUUGAAGAGUUAUAAGUGGCUUGGCUUAAGUUUUAAGUACU